ACAGAUCCCGACCCUGGGGAUUGACACCACACCCAUCUGUGUGUGUGUAUGCGUACAUUAGUGUGCAUGUGUGUGUGUGUGUGUGUGUUGUCCAGCAUAUGCUCUGUUGUGUUUCCUCUUCUUGUUCUUUGUGAAUGAAGAUCUGGCUGCAGAUUCUCAGCACUGGUUGACGUCACCAUCAUGGCCACUACUCCUGCAGUGACAGCCAUCAUGGCCGCUACUCCUACAGCGACAGCCACCAUGGACGCUAUUCCUGCAGCGACAGCCACCAUGGACGCUACUCCUGCAGCGACAGCCACCAUGGCCACUAUUCCUGCAGCGACAGCCACCAUGGACGCUACUCCUGCAGCGACAGCCACCAUGGCCACUAUUCCUGCAGCGACAGCCACCAUGGACGCUACUCCUGCAGCGACAGCCAUCAUGGCCGCUACUCCUGCAGCGACAGCCAUCAUGGCCGCUACUCCUGCAACGCGGGUCAACACGAGCCCUCCUCCCACAGUGCCGGCCAUCAUGGACACUACUCCUCCACCAAUACCUGCAGAGAUGACCACCUCUUCCCCCAAAGCACCUCCGCUUAUACCUCCGAAGGUCCCGACGCAGGGCAUCGGUGUAGUGGAGAAUCCAGACGGAUAUGAUGCAGCCUUAAUUGGAGGAGUCUUUGGCGGUGUUGUUUUGCUGCUGCUGCUGCUGUUUCUUGCUCUAGCGCUGCUGCUGUGGUACCUGUCCAGACAAAAAGGCUCAUAUGAAACCAACGAGACUUACAUGCUCGAAGAUGAAGAUUAUGUUGAUGAUGGGCAUUAUCAUGGCGAUGAAGGUUGCGAUGAUGAUGAUGAUGAUGAUAAAUCUGCCGGCUCUGAUACAGCGCUCCAAAACGAAGACACUCUAGAGAUAAAAGAAGAGGAGUAAAGAGCAGAAAACAUGUAAAAUAUGGACUUUUGUAGCUAUUUUUUAAUUAUCAUUUUUUUUACAAUCCCUGGAAAUGUUUUUCAAGGUUGUUAUUUUCCAAAAAAGCAAAAAUAAUUCUGAAUCUGCACGAACUCUUCCCGCCAAAUGUGCAAUCAGAGAACUUCAAUUCCCCGAAAUCCUAUCAGCUCGGUCAAAUUCUUCUAAAUACCGCAGAAUUUUGCCACGAAAAUACACCAAGUGAAGCUUUAAAUAACUCCAAACGACUGAAGGGAGGAAAAGUUCUGCAGAAUAACAACCUAGAAUAAAAUUUUAUGGCACUUUCCCUUUUUUUAAAUGGUGCCAUAUGUCCCAAACUUGCAUAUAAAUCUCAAAGUUUCACAAUUACUCCAUCAUAUCUUAAAUAACUCCACCUGUCGACACUGAUUCUGCCCGUUUCUGGAUUUAUAAAGUCUCUCAAACGGCUCCUGUGACUCUUCCACCACAGCAACAUCUGACUUUCACCACGGAGCAAACGUCAUGCCAAACGAGGAGGGGAAGCUACCACAUGCGGAUAAACAUUUACCGGCAUUUUAACCGGCGAUUUCCCACCCUGGUUGCUGUAAUAAUUGCAGCUUGUUUCAGUGACCAACUAUUUGCAGGCUGGACUCACACACACCACAUAGCUCUGAAUCAGCUAAAGGAAAUGUGUGUGUGUGUGUGUGUGUGUGUGUCAUAUAAACACUGAGCCAAGAGAGUUUAUAGGGUGAUUUUCCAACCUGAAUGCAGCCCUAAGUGAUGCGUUUCUGCAUUUUUUUGUUUGCUAAAUAGAAAGACAUAAAAGAUGAGAAGGAUUUUAGAGGUUGAAAAAGGAAAGAAAACAUAUAAGAAGAAGGAUGUUAGUAGAUGUUCUUUGUUUACACAUUUAUUUGUUUAAAUCUUUCAUACUUACACUUUUAUAAGAAUAAAUUCUACAUUUUUUGACA